CCAACAAACACCAAAGAAGGAGGACGCCAGUGUUAUGGUUAACCUGAGCGGUCGUCCUCUGAGUUAGCCCGUCAGUCGCCCUUCAACACACAACUCGUGCUCUACUCGGCUAUAACAGACACCGAGCUCACGUCAAACCAUGGCGGGGACAGUUGCACGCAAAGCUAUUGACCACUUGAAGAGCAAAGAGUUCAGGGAUUAUUUGACAAGCACGCAUUUCUGGGGGCCUGUAGCAAACUGGGGUCUUCCUAUAGCUGCCAUCUCAGAUAUGAAGAAGAGCCCUGAGAUUAUCAGUGGCAGGAUGACUUUCGCUCUAUCCUGCUAUUCACUGCUCUUCAUGAGGUUCGCCUACAAGGUGCAGCCACGCAACUGGCUCCUGUUUGCUUGCCAUUUGACCAAUGAGUCGGCACAGCUAGUUCAGGGAAGUCGUCUCAUCAAAUACAACAUGGAGAAGAAGAUGGGAUCUUAGUGCCAACAAAUGG